UUUUAAAAGUAAUCUUGCGUUAUUUAUUUAUGAUUAAACAUUCUUAUAGCUCCGAGCGUUCUUUGUCCCAAGCCGUCGACACCGAAAGGAGGAUUUAUUCAUUGCGAACAACAAUUUUCACACGGCUACAGGCGUUGUACGGGGACGUGUAUGACCGGAUUUUCGUUUCCUGACGGCAAAAAUACCAUGGUACUUCGUUGUUCGAUAGUCAGAGGAUGGUUACCCGUUUCUUUUUUCCCCUCUUGCAAAGAAAUAAAAGACAGAAUUUAUCGUCCCGAUUCCGAACCAACAACUAAUCAAGACAUCGAUUCGACCGGACAAUCUCUCGUCUCCGAAGACGAAAAUUCUCAGACAUCCGAUGACAUUUAUGGAAAUAGAGGUGAUCUCGGACACGACCAGACAGGGAUUACCAGAGGUUAUUGUCGACGACCUCCUUCGCCUAGGAACGGUUACGUUUAUUGCGUGCCCAACGCAGAAACCCUUGAUUGUACGGCGAGAUGUUCUCAGGGUUUUCAUUUCCCCAACGGAGAAAACAGACUGCUGUACAGAUGCGAAAGUAAAAGCGGAAGAUGGAGUCCUUCCGGUCAUUUUCCCAAUUGCAAACCUGCCUGUGACGUUCCCUGCAAUAACGGAGGGGUGUGCAUCGGACGAAACCAAUGCUUCUGUUCACAAGAUUAUAGAGGAAAUUUCUGCCAAUAUCCACUUUCGAACUGCGAUCCUCUACAUCUGAAGUUUGCCGGAAGCAUUAGAUGUAAUCACACUUCCGACGAGACAGUCUGCGUUCUAGGAUGUCCUCAAAGAAUGGUUCUCGAGCCCUCUUACAGUACUUAUCGAUGUAACUUGGAAGGAACUUGGAGUCCUCGUCUGACGCCUAGAUGCAUCGAAGAUCCGAGAUAUAAAGAAAUCGACUCGGGUGAUCGUCUCUGUCCCACUUCCCAAUGCACAUCUUCUUCCCUCACCACUUACGAGAAUGGUUUGUGUCGUCGCCCUCCUCCGCCUAAACCAGGAUACAUAAGAUGCAUAUACAACCAGUUGAUCAUGGAAUGCACUUCUAAAUGUGCCGAUGGAUAUCGAUACGCUAAUGGACAGACGGAACAGAUUAGAACCUGCGACAACAGAACUGGUAUUUGGACUCCUACUCACUACCUGACUGAAUGCCAACCUGUCUGUGAAAGGCCCUGUCAAAAUGGAGGAAGUUGCGCGGCUCCUAAUUUCUGUUUCUGCCCCGUCAAAUACAGAGGAAAGUUCUGCCAAUAUCCUCUUUCAAACUGCGAUCCUCAUCGUUUGAGAUUUGCCGGAAGCAUCAGAUGCAGCCAUUCUUCGGAAGAGACAGUUUGUAAAUUGGGAUGCCCCGAAGGAACUGUUAUGGAUAACCCCUCACUAGAUACCGUCCGUUGUAGCUUGGAAGGAAUUUGGACUCCGCAAUAUACACCAAGAUGUGUGGAAGCAAACGUACCGGGAAGAUCGACAUAUUCAAAUCUAGAUUAUAAUCAGCAACUUAGUCACGCUUCGCAAAGUAAUUACGAACAACAAUAUCGACAAAGUCAAGCCAACGAACACACAACGAACUACGAACAACGGUUACAACGACAAGCCGAAAACUCUCUAAUUCGAAAUUCAAACGAAGAACAACAAAGGUUGGCUAAGGCCGAGGAACGAGCUGAAGAUAGCGAAUCGGAGGAAUCGCGACAUAGUGACAUGGAUAAAGAACGGUUUAGAGGUUCGGAAUUAGAAAAGGAAAGUUACGAGCAAAGAUUGCAAAUGAAAAGAGAAGAAGAACAAAAAAGGUUAUACGACAGAAUUCUUAAGCAAAGUCUAUUGAAUAACACGGAUCAUCGACAAAGUCGAAACGAAUCUCGUUUGUUAGAUCGGUUGGAGGAAGAAGGGGAACGGACCGAAUCCGACGAUCUCCACCGCCAUCACUUCAAAAAUUAUGACAAAUUUGACACCGACGCUGAGAGAUUCGGUCACCAACCGGACGGAGGAUAUCCCUCGACAGCCUCCGAAACUCGUCAUACGGGUGAAGAGGAAAUCACGGGUUACGGUCAUCGUAUCUUCCGUCAGAGCAUCAAUCGCUCCGAGUCGGGAACUUACAGAGAACACUCUGCUCAACAACAUCAUUACUUUCAUCAGAUUCAACGCACCGGACACAAGAGCACCGACAAACAUUCGUGUGUCUUGUGUACCACCGGAUAAGUUCGUCACUGUUAUCUGAUCAUCGAUCCAAUGCUUUUAUCAUGGCUUCGACUACAGAUCGUUUUGAUUGGCAGUAGUCGAGUUCCAGUAUAAACGGUUACUUCCAAUCGAAACAGCAAAUGCGCGCUUUUCGUUGAAUGUUAUUUGUAUUCGAUAAAAUUGCAUUUUUAUAAAUAUUACAAACUCAAUUUGUAGUGGCGAAAUUUAUUAAACAGAUCGUAGGAACGCACCGCGAUUAAAUUAUAAAUUCUUAUUCCUAACAAGUGGCACAUAUUUCGUUCGGCGCGUGUAGUAACUUUAAAAUAAGAAAGUUGUCUCUGGCGGUAACAACCGGUUACCCGUUUAACUAUAAUUCGCUUGAACAGAUCAGAAUUUAUAA